AAUACUUACAGGAUCACACCAUUGAAGCAGUCACUGUAGUGUUUGAGUAUACAAUCCUUAUAGUCCUUAUUGCCUUCUCUCCUAUACUGAUCAUGGCUUUAUCUCAGGGACCACUGCUACCAUUGGAAAGAGCUGAGAAAAUACUAAAAGCCACACCUGUACUACAGAAAAGCAAGUGUAUAGCAGCUAUUGACUUUGGAACCUCAUCACUAUCAGUAGCAUACACUGCUCCAAUAACAGGAGGAUAUGUUAGAGUCAUACCACUUCACAAAACUUAUGAAAGGGUCCCUAAUGCUAUACUGAUCAAGAAGGAACAAGAAGGACAGCAAUACAAAGUCAUUGGGAUUGGACAUGAAGCACAGAGUACAUACAGUGAUAACGAAGAAGAUGGUCAGAAAUUUAUUUAUUUUGAAAGAAUAAAGAAAUUACUGACAAGAGAUGAGUCAUUAGAUCGUACUACUGAAGUCUCUUCAUUCACUGGUGGAUCUUAUUAUCUCAUUGAAGUUAUAGCUUUUAUACUAACACACCUCAAGGAGAAGCUACUGACUGAUGAGCUUAAAGGAAACUACAAGUCAAGUGAUUUUGAUUGGGUCAUUACUGUUCCUGCUAUAUGGAAAGCAAGAGCAAGGAGAAUGAUGAGAGAAGCUGCUUAUAUGGCUGGUCUCACUUCUGAUGCUCCUGGUAUAACUAAGUUCACUCCAGUUGGUUCUCCUUUACUACGUCCAGAGGAGGUUAAUCCUGAGAAGCUAUCAUUAGCUCUAGAACCAGAAGUAGCUGCUAUAGCUGCACAUAAGAAUUCGGAAGUUGUUGGUGCUCCUCCAGAGAGUUAUAUGGUAGUUGAUAUAGGAGGAGGUACAGUUGAUAUUACUGUACAUGAUAAGAGUAAUGGGAGAAUUAGGGAAAUAUUACCACCAAUGGGGAACACCUGGGGAGGUACUACUGUCAAUGAAGCAUUUUCAGAAUUACUACAACAGGUAGUAGAUGAUAAAGGUUUUGAAUCUUUCAUAAAAUCAGAUGCUAGUGCUCAAGCUAUUGCUACACUAAAUAAACUUUUCUAUGAAGAAUUUGAAGAACGAAAAAAAAGAUUCGGAAAUGCAGUUGAAGAAAGUAUUGAUAAAAUUGUACUAACACUGCCUCACACUAUGCUGCAGUUCUACUGCAAUGAUAAGCUACAAAAAGCAGAUAAUUUCGAUAUGAAUUACAGUCCCAAAAAAUGCUCUAUAUCUAUUAAUUUUAAAAUUUUAGAAGAAAAGGUAUUCAAAUCUACAGUUGAUAAGAUCAUAGAGUGUGUGAAAGAGGCAUUUGAUGAGCUAACCGAUGAAAUCGAUACAGUUUAUCUAGUAGGAGGGUUUGGAGGGUGUAGGUUUGUUAGCCGAAAGAUAGAGGAAGGUAUCAUUCAGCAUUGUGGUAUUCUUUAUGGUAAUAUAGUGUGUCCUGUACAACCGGAUCUUGCUGUUGUAGUAGGAGCAGUAAUGUGGAGGAAAGAUCCUAACAUAAUCCAAUCACGUGUUGCUGAUGCUACCUAUGGGGUAGGAUGUGCUCCUGAAUUUGACCCAUCAAUACAUGAUGAACACUACAAGUAUGUAGAUGAAGAUGGUGUACAACGUUGUAACAAUGUCUUUAAUGUAUUUGUACUCAAAGGAGAAGUAAUAAAGGAUGACGUUUAUAAAACCACAUUUAUACCUGCUUCUCAAAGCAGCACACAAACUUCUACCUCUAUAUACUGUACAGGAGAUGAUGGAGUUCAGUAUGUCAGAGAUAAAGAAGGUAAACGUACAGUACGUGAGAUUGGCCAGCUAAUACUUGAUAUUCCUAAUCCUGAUAAUCUACCAAGAAAAGAGAGAGAAUAUGACGUAUUUAUGGAUUUCAGUGGUACAGAGAUACAAGCAAGAGCUCAGUAUAGUAUCACUGGAGAAGAAGUGAAAACAGUUUGUGACUUUCUAUCAAAACAAGACGAAUUAAAAUUCUAGCAAGAGAAUAAUAAUACAUGUAAUGUAGUAUAGAAUAGCAUUAGUAAUAGAUACAUGUAACAUUAUUGAACAGAGUGACUUUUGUGUGUAUUUAAUUUGAACCUACAUGUAACAUUAAUAUAAUGGAUUUUGUUUGCAUUCCUCAAAUGGUUU